AUGGAAGAGAAAAGUAUGGAUGCAGCCGAGGAUCACAUAUCGAAAUUACCAGUGCCAAUUUUGCAGCACUUUCUGUCUUUACUCCUUGCUAAAGAUGCUGCACAAAUCAGUACUUUCUCCAAGUCAUGGUAUACUGCUUGGACUUCCCUCUCCCACUUGAAUUUUGGUGAUAAAUUCUUCUAUCGUGAAGUGGAUGACCGCAAAAUACUUUCAGAAAAAAUACUAGAGCUUCUGAAUAUUGUCGAUCAAACUUUAGCCAAUCAGAAGAAGCAGAAGGUUUCUAUACAAAAGUUCUGUCUAACAUUACCAUCCGGUCAUUGUAGUUCUAAUAAUGUUCAUAAUUGGAUUAAGACGCUCGUAGCGACUAACAUCAAGGAGUUGAUUUUAAUAGUAGGGGGACUUGUUGACAGUUUCAACACCUUGCCAGAAGAAAUCUUUGCUUCCAAGGGACUAAACGCUCUUAAGUUACGUGGAUUUAAGCUUGAAUUGCCCCUUGACGGCAUAAAGUUUUCAUCUCUGCGAAAGUUAGAUCUCUCUAAUACAUAUUUCGACGAGCAAUUCCUUCGAGCUUUAUGUGCAAGCUGCAGUGGUUUAGAGAAGUUAAGUUUAUCUGAUUGCCACGGACUAGCCAGUUUACAAAUUGCAGGAACUUUACCGAAACUGAAGAGGGUUUGGCUGAGGUGUCUUCCUGAAUUCCAGAUGGCUGAUAUUGUAGCACCAAAUCUUGAAGAUCUAUACAUUGAAGGCUGUCACUGGAAGCUACAAGUAAUUAAAAUAACUUGUUGCAAAGCCUUGAAAAAUUUGUCCCUCGCUAAUGUGAAUGUCACUGACGAAUGCCUAGAAGACCUUCUUUUCAAUCCACCCAACCUUAAAUACUUGAACUUAUCUGCUUGCUUUGAACUGCAGACAAUCAAGAUCUCAAGUGACCAGCUAGAGUAUCUCGCACUAUCGUCGUGCUUCAAUUUGAUUGAUGUUGAACUAGAUACUCCUAAUUUAACAAGAUUCAAUUAUGAUUUUCUUGAUCAAUUGCCAACACUCAAACUCAUGAAAGCUUCAGUUUUGCUAGAAGUUGAACUCUACUUGAUCCCGGGAAAAAGACUUGAUAAUCCUUGGUACUCUAUGUUAAUGAAAUUUCUUGGAAACUUCAAGCAGUCAAAGGCUAUUAAGUUAGACUGCUGGUACUGGGAUGCGAUAGUUAUACCAAAAGACAUGAGAAAAAAAUUGGUUCCGCCACUCCAUGGUACUACUAGCUUGCAUACAAAAUUUGAAAUUUCGGGGAAUAACUCACUUGUGGACAUACUUGAUAGUUUGGUUUGGAUUUCUCCUCAACUCGACACCCUAUCAUUUGUCCGGGAUGUAGAGUUAACCAGAACCAUGAAGUUUAUAUAUGAAGAUGCAUCAGCUGAAGAUGAGAAAACUAUUUGGAGGCAUAAGUUAAAGGAAGUCAAAAUGGAAAACUUUACCUCUAUGGAGCAACAAGAGCUGAGAAAUUAUCUUUUCAGAUUACAUCGAAGAAGAAACGUCCAUUGUCUAACAGAUAGGACAUAG